AUGGCCCCGCUGCUGCUGCUGCUGCUGCUGGUGCUGCUGCUCGGGCGGCCGCUGCUCGGGGCACCGGGGCAGGGAUCGGGCACCUGGGCCCGCUUCGCCAGCCUGCCCUACCCGCAGGACCAGCUCUUCCUCCACGACACCUUCCCCGACGGCUUUCUCUGGGGUGUAGGCAGCGCUGCCUACCAGACGGAGGGCGGCUGGCGGCAGGAGGGCAAAGGGGCUUCGGUCUGGGACACCUUCACCCACCGCCCCGCCACACCACCCGGUGCUGGCUUCAUGGGUCCGACGGGCGGCGACGUGGCCAGCGACAGCUACAACAACCUCUUCCGCGACGCCGAGGGGCUGCGGCGUCUGGGGGUCUCCCACUACCGCUUCUCGCUGGCCUGGGCCCGGCUGCUGCCCAACGGCACAGCGCCCCUCAACCCCGCCGGGUUGGCCCACUACGACCGGCUGCUGGUCCGCCUGCGGGCGCUAGGCAUGGAGCCCGUCGUCACCUUGUACCACUGGGACCUGCCGCAGCACCUGCAGGACGCCUUUGGUGGCUGGGCCAGCCCUGUCCUACCCGAGCUCUUUCGCGACUAUGCCGAGCUCUGCUUUCGGCAUUUUGGAGGGCAGGUGCGCUACUGGUUGACCAUGGACAACCCCUACGUGGUGGCCUGGCACGGCUACGGCACAGGGCGGCUGCCGCCGGGCGUGCGGGGAGGCCCGCGCCUCGGCUACCGGGCAGCGCAUCACCUGCUGCAGGCCCAUGCUAAAGUCUGGCAUCUCUACAAUGACCAUUUUCGUCCAGCUCAAAGAGGAAAAGUGUCAAUUGCCCUUAGCUCCCACUGGAUAAAACCUCAAAGUAUGACUGAAAAAAAUAUAAAAGAAUGUCAAAAAUCCCUUGACUUUGUGGUCGGCUGGUUUGCUAAGCCCAUAUUUAUUGAUGGUGACUAUCCAGACAGCAUGAGGAGUAACCUCUCAUCUCUGCUGCCUGAAUUCAGUGAAGAUGAGAAGAAGUACAUCAAGGGAACAGCUGACUUUUUUGCUCUUUCUUUUGGAGCUACCCUGAGUUUCCAGCUCUUGGACUCUCACAUGAAAUUCCAGCAGUUGGAAUCAAUAAGCUUGAGGCAGCUCCUUUACUGGAUAAGCUGUGAAUAUAACAAUCCCCCAGUAUUCAUUGUGGAAAACAGCUGGUUUGUUUCUGGUAGCACCAAGAGAGAUGAUGCCAAAUAUAUUUACUAUCUCAAGAAGUUCAUUAUGGAAACUUUGAAAGCUAUCCGGUACGAUGGAGUUAAUGUGUUUGGAUACACAGUCUGGUCCCUCCUGGACGGCUUUGAAUGGCACAGGGGAUACAGCAUUCGACGCGGAUUGUUUUAUGUUGACUUCCAGAGCCACGACAAAAAGUUGAUGCCAAAAUCUUCUGUCUUGUUCUAUCAAAAAUUGAUAGAAAAAAAUGGCUUCCCACCUUUGCCUGAAAACCUGCCCAUAGAAGGGGUCUUUCCCUGUGGGUUUGCCUGGGGGAUUGUUGACAACUAUAUUCAGGUAGACACAACACCUGCUCAGUUUCUUGACCCUAACGUUUAUGUGUGGGAUGUUCACCAGACGAAGAAACUGAUUAAAGUGGAUGGGGUUUUCACCUCCAAACGCAAGCAUCACUGUGUUGACUUUGCUGCUAUCAGGCUCCAGGUCUCUCUUCUACAGGAAAUGCACGUCACCCACUUCCAUUUUUCACUGAAGUGGUCUUUAAUCCUUCCUUUAGGUAAUCUUUCUCUAAUCAACCACACACUUGUACAUUAUUAUCGGUGUUUUGCUAGUGAACUUCUCAGAGUUAACAUAACUCCUGUUGUUGCUUUAUGGCAACCUAUGGCUGAGAACCAAGAGCUUCCAGCUUCCCUUGCCAAAUACGGAGCUUGGGAAAACCCAGAGACCAUUCAGGCUUUUGUUGAAUAUGCCAAAUUCUGCUUUACAAGUCUUGGGGACUAUGUAAAAUUUUGGAUCACAAUGAAUGAACCGUCUGUGAAAAACUUGACCUACACUGCAGGGCACAAUCUGCUGAAAGCUCAUGCGAAAGCUUGGCAUCUUUACGACAAAGAAUUCAGAAGAUCUCAGAAGGGUAAAAUAUCUAUAGCUCUGCAAGCUGACUGGGUGGAACCAGCCUGUCCCUUUUCCAGGAAUGACCAAGAAGUUGCUGACAGAAUUUUGGAGUUCGACAUUGGCUGGCUUGCAGAGCCCAUCUUUGGGAAUGGUGACUACCCACGUGUGAUGAGAGCAUGGCUUCACCGAAGAAACAGUGUUGACCUCUAUAAUUUCCACUUGCCUUCUUUCUCAGAAGAUGAAAAGAAAUUAAUCCAGGGCUCAUUUGAUUUUUUUGCUUUAAGUCAUUACACUACCACCCUUGUGGGCUGGGAGAAAGAAGAUGCACUAAAAUAUGACCACUACCUUGAAGUUCAGAUGAUCAAUGACAUCACAUGGCUGCACUCCCCCAACAGAGCUGCAGUAGUGCCCUGGGGACUGCGUAAAUUGCUCAAGUGGGUUAAAUCAAAAUAUGGCGAGAUCCCAAUUUACGUUAUGGCUAAUGGAAUUGAUGAUGACCAGAAUAUGGUGCACGAUAAGCUCAGAGUGUAUUACAUACAGAAUUAUAUCAAUGAAGCUUUAAAAGCUUACACCUUGGAUAAUGUCAACCUGCAAGGAUAUUUUGUCUAUUCUUUUAAUGACAGGACUGCUCCUAAAUACGGUCUCUAUGGUUAUGUUGCAAAUCAAUAUGAGCCAAAGCCUUCGAUGGAACAUUACAGAGAAAUAAUUGACAAGAACGGGUUUCCUGGUCCUGACACUCCUGAGGUGCUGUGCCCAGAAGAGAUUGCCUUAUGUACUGAAUGCCACUUUUUCCGAACCAGAAAAUCAUUGUUAGCCUUCAUCUCUUUCAUAUUUGUUGCUUUUAUUGUUACUAUAUUUUUCAUUACUUACUAUUCCAAGAGGGUAGAAAGACGGUAUAAAUAGAGCUGCCCCUUUGCAUACAUUACCCAGUACCCGUUUUCUUGCAUCUUCUUGGGAAAUCUGAAAUAAGUGUGCACAAUGUUGUGGCUGCUACAGUACUAGGAAGGCACGUACACUGCCUGGUGCUUCGGGACAGUGGCACUGAGAAGAGAUUGUUAGUGUAUGGCUUCCAGAAAUCAUUUUCUGUGGUUUAGUACAUUUGGCCUGUGACCUGUCUUUAAUUCCUGUGGUUGGAGUUACCUCACAGCUUUCCCUGGGACCUUUGGUUGAGCAGAUGCUUUCCCUUCCUUGGUUUUCCCUCACUGAGUUUUGUAAGUGUAUUUUGAAGACAUAGAGUGUUGGAAGAGCCUGACAUGUCAAAUUGUCUGAGAAAAGGUUGAGGAGAGACAAAAUGAUAUGUUUCCAAAUUAGGGUUUAAUGCUGAUGUUAAGUGAUCAGAGCCAACACCUGACUGGAGCAAGGCACGUGACUGAGCAGAGUCGGGGGAGAAUUGCACAAAGAGACUCAGGGUGCUGGGAUUCACACUCCCCAACUUCAUGUUUUUGCUGCUGCCACACAACCUUGCUGUCCUGGCUUCAUUCUUCAGAGCAUAACUCAGUGCUGACUUGAGGGCUGCGUAGGACCUGAAGAUGCAGCUGGGGAACCUUAUGUCAAGGAUCUGUGUCUUUCAGUGGGGAAGGCAGCAGGGAUGUGUCCUAGGAUGGCAGGGAUCGUGCCAUCUGACGGGAAGAGGUGCGAAGGGUGAAAGGGCCUUUCUCUGCACAUAAGUUGUGCUGAACAAGAUUUUAAAUCCCAACAUUUCAGUGUAAUAAUCUGGCACUUUAUUGCUGCUUUUGCCAGGGUCUGAGGUCUUGGAGCUGUUGCUUCUGAAAUGCACUUCCAUAUUCCUUGGGGCUCUUCUAGUUUUGCUGAAUGUUUUACUUUGAGCGACAGGAUCUGGCCCUGACAACAUUUCAUUGCAAUAAAGUACUACUGAACUGAAGUUAGCAAAACAUUAGCAACAUCAUUUAUUAGUAACAGCAUUUAUUAGUAGAAAUAGAUAUAGACAAUGGGAGACGAUCCUGUGUUAUUUUGCUUGCCUUGUGAAUCACUGCAUUAGGAGUAUCCAUAGUGUAAAAGCACUGUGGCCAUUUUUCUCCACUCUCUAAUUCUAGGCCUGCAUUGCCUUCAGCUGUAAUUGUAUUUUUAUUGCGAUGUGAAUAAUGUCAGUCACUGGCAAGAAUAUUUUAAAGGAAAUGUGCUCUGUGUUAAUUAAGAAUUAUUUAUCUACAAAGCUGAUUACACGGCAUUAAAUGUGAUGUUUAUCUCCUAGAUGACUAGCAGAUGACUAAAUGACCUCCUUAGGUUCCUUCCAACCUGAAUAUUCUAUGGUUCUGUGAUUCUGUGAUGUAAAUUAAAACUUAUGUAUGAAAUACGAUUUUCAUUUGCAACUGAAGAUUAUAUUUUUUCUUAAACGAUCUGUAGAAAUAGAAAAGAAUUAGUAUGUCAUCACUAUGAUUAAUAUAUUUGUCCUCUAGUUCCAGCCUUAAAAUUGUCUCUCUUUGCACUAAUAUAUAUUUUGAUACCAAGAUUAAGGUGAAAAAUUUAUGGUAAGUCAUAAAGUAUUAAAAAUAUACAUAAAAAAAUUAUAGACUGAUAGGACUUCCAGAAGAAGAGGAAAUUUUAAGCUGCUGUAUAUUUAUGCAUUGCUGCCUGGUGCAGUGCGGAUUGCAAUGAAAUAGCUCUCCCGAAAUGUAUGAAAUGCCAAAUGGCUUUCUCCAUGUCACGACAAUGAAUCACCUCGCGAAUACGUUUACUCCAUUGUGUCAGACGCCUUCACAAUCCAUAACAAGAAGUGACACUCAUUUAAUAUAAGCUGUAGCCAGGUCAUGCAUAACUUCCAUGUUAUAUGUGUAUGUAUGUUUUAAUUAUUUUGUUGCUGGUAAAAUAGAGUCUAGGCCUGCUGUUUUGGAGGAGCUGGGCGUCUGUGUUUCCCCUGGGCUUCAGGGGGUUCAGUGGACCUGGGCCGAGCAAGCCCAGGACAAGAUGGGUGCUGUGCUGGUGGGUGCUCAGGCAGUGCCUGGACUCUUUCCUGAUAAUUUAUCAUCCAGCAAGUCAUGGUGGUGUGCUGUUUAAUGGGCCGGUUACAGCACAACGUGUGAAACCAGCAGUCCUAGCAAGGAGGAGGCACUGCAGGCUGGGUGAUAUGUAACCACCGACAGGCAGAUGGCACCAGCUGGAUAUCAAAUUUGUAGGUAAAUUGGGAUUUGCUGCUACGAAGCUGUGUGAUCACAUCCUCUAAUGGUGCCGUGGCCCAUAGAAAUAACACAGCCU